AUGCGCGAAGCGUUGCGGCGAUUGGAACGCGCGCACGCGGAUCGAGCGUCGGUAUCAUCAAACUUUUUUGACGAGGAAAAAGGGGAAGACUGGAAGGUUUUGGAGGAGAAUAAGGUGGUGGUGACGACGACGACGACGGGAGAUGGAGAUGAAAAGACUGCGAUGAUCAUCGACGCGUUCAUGACGAUAAGUUUAAGAGAUUUAUCCGCGAUUCGCGCGUUCUCGGGAACGAAUUAUCCGCCGUUGGUGUGCGUAAAGAUCAUCAACUGCCCGAACGUGAAACGAAUACCGAGCGGGUGUUUCGAGAGAUGCGAGAAGACGCUGAGAGAGUUGUGGGUGUGCGAGUGCGGAUUAGAAACGUUGGACGGGUUGAAAGGGUUUGAAUUUGAGAGUUUGGAAGUUUUGGUUUUGUAUGGGAAUGAGAUUGAAGAGGUGGAGAGUACGUUCAUGUGUUGUCGUUCUGACGACGAAGAAGAAGAAGACGGCGGGAAAAAAGAGGCGAGGAAAAAGCCGCCGUUUCAGAACUUGAAGCGUUUAAUGCUGAACGAAAACAAAAUACGGGAGAUUGGUAAGAGUUUCACGCACAUGAAGUCGUUGGAGUGCGUCGAUUUGAGCGAAAACUUGAUCACUGGAGAAGCGUUGUUUUUGGAAAAGAGUGGGAACGCGACUGACGUAGAAAUGGAGUGGUUACGAAGCGUCGCCGUGCUCAACUUGGCUGCAAACCCAAUGAGUAACGACGCUGUCGUCCAUGUCAUCGCUAAAUACGCUAAGAAUAUCGUUGAUAUUCGUUUUCGAGACGACAUAUCUGGCGCGUCUCCCAUCGCGUGUGGGAUCUGUGAUACGAACACGUUGGAAUCAAGCGAUGCGGCGUAUUCGAGAUACGCCUCGAAGUGCGUGGCGGCAUUUGGAGAGAGCUUACGGUUCCUGGACGGGUACGAGCUGACGCCUUCACUUCGUGAAAGAUUACUCGAGCAACACGAUAAUCGCCGCGCGCUAUAUUAUGCACCGAGUGACGAAAGGGUAAGCGAUCUAUUUCGAGAAGCUGCCAUAACGCCUCUUUUCUUGGACGAACGCGCAAUAAUUAUCCAUUCGGAGGCGGAAGAGUUUGCGCACGACGAAACGGAGAAGAAGAACGCAGAGAUUCGCGUCGUGAUUGAAGAAGACAUGGCACUUAUCUCGAUGUUGGAGGGAAUGACGUUUUGUGACGUUACUUUUCUCGACCUUCCAUCCCGCGUUCAUUCGAAAACGCUCGUGUCUUUGAAAAUACAAAACUGUUCUCUCGCCUCUCUCGAAGGUUUACAGUCGUGCACUAAUCUACACAGUUUGGAUGCUAGUUCGAACAGGAUAAGUAAGCUCGACUCCGCUUGGUUUAUUGGACUCAAUCGGUUGAUAUAUUUGGACUUAUCCGACAAUGAAAUAACAAAUAUAGAUCGCGAUGCCAUGCUUUGUGUCCACGACAAGUGCCCAAAUUUACGCCAUCUUCGCUUGGCUCGAAAUCAAAUACGAACGCUGCUCGAAGUACAAAAUCUCCUCGAGAGGAACACAGAUGAGACGUCUUCGAAAACGCAAAUAAACAACAAAUCGACGUGCUCUGAUGAUGUACUUCGUGUAUUCAUUUUAAAAUACAUAGAUUUGCGUGGAAACGCAGUCACAAACCUUGAAAACUAUCGCGAGUGUGCGGCGUAUUUUGCGCCUUCCCUCGUGUUGCUCGACGGCGAGGAGGUUCGAGAGAUUUGGAGACGCAAAGGACGAUUUCUGUUUCAAGGUCGCCUAACGACGGAAAUGAUCGAGCAAAAAUUAGCAGAGAAUAUGAAUAAUAAUGAUGAUGAUGAUGAUAACUUCACCUUGAAUUUAUCAGAAAUGCGCGUGCGAAGAUUGGACGAGGAAUCCGUCUCUGGCGUCGCCAUGGCGUCGGCAAAAAUAUUAAAUUUUGAGAAAAACCAGCUCUCAGAUGUAUCGGCCCUUGGCUGUUUAAAACAUCUGCGAAGACUCUCGAUGCCUAAAAAUGCGCUUCGAUUUGCGCUCGUUCGAGAACCGUUUGUAAAUGGAAACACAGGCGACGACUCCUCUGUCGAUGAAAGAAACGAAGAAAGCAGUAGGUGUUUCUACGAACAGUUCUUCCCUCAGCUGAAAGAGCUGGACGUGCGGUAUAAUCGCAUAGACUCGCGCCGACUCGUACGAUUACAGCUCCAAAAGCUCCAACUUCUAUCUUUUGUUGAUGUCUCAAACAAUCGCUUACAGAAUCUGGAUGGAUUGAAAAAUCUGCGCAACCUUCGAAAAAUACGAGCCGACGAGAACCCGUUGCGACAGUUUAACGAAAACACGUUCCUCGGUUUUGGCGCGCUCGAAUCACUCUCGAUGAAACGAUGUGGCGUGCGUUCGUUUGCACAUUUGAACGCGUUGCCGCACGUUAAUUCUUUGCGAUUAGAUGGUAACCGAGUGAAGGAUAAGGCGUUGGCGCUUAAGCAGCUCGCAGGGGUGAAUGGAUUAAAAAAAUUGAGUUUACGGGGCUGUAAGUUUGCGUCGUCGUAUUUCGACGAAGCCGUAUUUGCGCUGGAAACGUUAGAGUUUCUCGAUGGUAUCAAAAUCACAUGUGAAGACCGCGAGCGUAUUCGGACAGAGAUGGAAGAGCGCAGAGCGCGCGAAGAGGCGCUAAAAUUCCAAGAGACGACGUUGAAGCGCAUGCAAGUAGUUGUGCAGCAAGUUGGAUUAGUUCACAUCUUAAGAACCCCUUCGAGAACGCUCAUUUCAGCUAUGCGUUAG